UCCUACUCAAAUUAAGAUACGUUUACUGUUUUUUUGAAUUUAUUAUUAAUGUACAUUGUAUUGUGUUAGUUUAAGGUGUUGUAUACUUAUGUGCAAUGAAGUUUGAAAAUCCAAUAACAUCAACACCUGCUAGUUUGUCAAGAUUAAGUGUUGGCGGGAGUGGAAAUAGUUCAAUACGAAGAAGGAGUUUAAUUCCACAAACUCGAAUAACAAAAUUAAAAGAUGAUGAGCGAAAUGAUGACGAAGCCGAGAGGUCUUCGUUGGUGGCUUCAGAGCGAGCGGUGGCCACUCCAACACCUCAAGCUUCCCCGCGUAGGGGCAGAGACACGAUGUCGGGUUCACCACAGAAAGAACAUUUCCAGGGAUGCUUAAAACUUUAUGCGGAAAAUAAAAUAAACAAGGACAAUGCAUGGAAUCUCCAACUCAUUGACUUUAUGACUUCUAUGUUACGGCGACAUGAUGCUCGAAUGGACAAUCUUCAAACGGCAUCUACAGUAGUAGAUGCAUCAGCUAGAAUCUAUUCAUUUAGAGUAGAUGCUGUGCACUAUGAUGUUCUUAAGAUGGCUGGUGGAUUGAGUAAGGCUGCUCAGACCAAAAGGGGUAAGAAAGAUGAUGAUAUUGGUACCCAAGAUGAAAACCCAGCAGAAGGGGAAACUGCUGCCCCUAAAAAGAAAAAGAAAAGAUCUAAAGGAGCAAUAGCAUCUAAUCCUGAAAUGUUCAAUGGAGACUUUGAGGCUAAUGACUGUAUAGAUCCUUUUUUUGAACGACUUGCAGCUACAACAGGUGAUGUUACGUCAUCAAACAGAGCUUUUAAUGCUACAUUGCCUAUACAUGAUAAAACACUAGCAUUAAUUUUAAGAACAGAUGAUCGUUUUUUAGAGCCUAUAAAAGAGAAUAUUCCAGAAGGCUUAGACUUGAGUGAACGAACAACAAUAGCAUUGAAGUUGCUACCAGCUUUUACAGAAAUUGAUCAGAUCUGUGAGCCCUUUUCUAGUUUCUCUAUUAGCAAUUGGGAUCCAGAAACUGAAGAUACGGACAAUCGCGUUACAAAUUGGGUAGAAGAGAACAGAUUGAAUCUGUCUCAGCAAGCUCUCGCUUUUGAUGUAAAUGCUGAAGUGGAGCCUAUACCACUAGAUGAAAUUCAUAAUGACUUACACGACUUGUUAAUAGAUGACGAGCCCCUGGGCGGCAUCGAAAGCGAAGAAGAGGCGGACGUGGCCGUGGCGGCCUUCGUGGCGCGCAUCGCCCCCGCGCCGCUCGCGCGCCUCGCCGACAUGCGGCCCAGCGCGCCGCACCACUCGCGCCUCGAGUACUCCUACAGCGCCGCCAUCGUCGCCGCCUGGGCCGGGCCCUCGCACUGGCGCCUCAAGAACAACAGAGCGUCAAAAAUGUCUGAACGGACUCAGUCAACAGCGGGCAGACUGACCGUAGAAGGUAAGAAGCCAGCGCGAACGAAGCGACAAUUAGACUUUAUGGGGUGUGGACUCGCGUUUGACGCGCGCACUAUGAAUGUUCCCGAUUAUGAGCCAACUCAACCUACAAAAAUCAUGAUCAGCAGAAAGACUCUAGCUACUGGACAUACUUGGAAUGAAGCUAAUUUUAAAACACCAAUUGAUAGAGGACUUGAUGAGUCACAUUUUCGUAAAUUGUUUCUUCGACGCAAUGUAUUGAUGAUGCGAGAUAAAGAUGCAGAGUUGAGCAAACGUAAUACGGAACCCGUCACUGUAGAAGAGACUAAAGAUUACGAUUACAACAAUGAGAAUGAUGCUUCCUACUGUCCUAACCAUGUGCCGGAUGGCGAAGAAUGGGGCAACGAAGACGCUACAGCUGCUGGAGAAUUACACGAUCAGGUUAAAGCAAUAGAGUCAGAGGAGAUUGGUGAUAUGUUAGAACCACCAACUAAGGUUGCUAAGAUUUUCAUACCCUACGCUAUGCGAGCGAAAAAGGUUGACAUGAAGCAAUUAAAACAUUGCACUUGGAAAAUGCUAACAGAAGAAACACCUGAAGGAGAAAAAGAAGAUGUUACAAAGACUACAUUUUGUUCCAUAUAUUCAAGACUACCAAAUAAGUUAUCUACUAACAUGAGAGAAUCAUUGAGUGUGCCACUAGCUUUACUAUCUGUUCUACAUUUGGCAAAUGAAAAAGGUCUUAUAUUAGAAAAGAGAGAUGACCUAAAAGACAUAGGUAUUUUAGGUCUUAUUAAAAAUUAAUUGAAACCCAUUUUUUAUAUUUCAUUGAGAAAUAUUUUCUCCUGUAAUUCAAUUGUAAUUAAGAUCGACACAUUUUUAUUGCUUAAUAAUUGUAAACUAUUGACUUAGUUAUGCUGAUGCCAUAUUGAUUUAGGGUUUUCCAUGAAUUACCAGUGCUGGACAUUUAUUCUGUAAAUAUAGUUUUCUAUAGCCUUGUCCAUUUUUACGUAACUGUGAAGUUUCUGUUCUAAUAUUGUACAG